AUGAAUUGGCGCUAUAUUUAUUUAUUUUCAAUUUUAUUAAGAAUUUAUUUUUGUUUAUCAAAUUCAUAUAUUCAUCCCGAUGAACAUUUUCAAAGUUUAGAAGUAUUGAGUAAUUAUAUAUUAGGUUAUGAUACUAAUAUUCCUUGGGAAUAUAAAUAUCCUCCUUCAAGAAGUUUAACUAUGCUAUAUUUAAUUUAUGGACCAAUUUUAAAUUUUGGUAAAUUUUGGGGGUUGGAUCCAUUACAAAUAUGGUAUAUUUGUAGAAUUUAUUUAUGUUUAGUUUCAUGGGUUGUUUGUGAUUUUUUAUUAUAUUGGUUAUUACCAAUUAAACACGAACGUGUAAAGGCUAUAUUUUUUAAUUCUACAAGUUAUGUAACAUUGGUUUAUCAAAGUCAUUUAUUUUCAAAUAGUAUUGAAACCAUUUUAUUGUUAGGAGGUAUUUAUUUAAUUGAUGAAAUACGACAAGAACCGAAAAAAAAGUGGAAAUGUAUAUUACUUGGUUUUGUAAUAUCAAUUGGAGUUUUUAAUAGAAUUACAUUUCCUGCUUUUUUAAUAUUACCUGGUUAUUUUAUUAUUAAACAAGUUUUUUAUAUAUUUUUUGGUUUUAUAGUACCAACUGGUUUAUUUAUACUAUCAGAUACUUUAUUAUAUAAGAAAGAUUGGGUUGUUGCACCAUUAAGGAAUUUAAUUUAUAAUACAAAUGUUGAAAACUUAUCAAAUCAUGGUUUACAUCCAUAUUAUAAUCAUUUAUUAGUUAAUUUACCACAAUUAAUUGGCCCUGGUAUAAUAUUUCUAUUUUCCAAAAGGUAUAUCAAAACUACUCCCAUGUUGAGUAUUAUCUCGGGAAUAUUGUUCUUAUCAUUUAUUCCACAUCAAGAAUUGAGAUUUCUAAUACCUUUGGUGCCUUUGAUGUGUGCAUGUUUUGAUAUAAAAGAGAAAUUUAUCAAUUUAUGGUAUUUAUUUAACCUUACAAUGGCUGUUAUUAUGGGUAUCUUUCAUCAAGGAGGUGUUAUUCCAGCUAUAAACUUUUUAAGAGGUAAAGAUUGUGUACAAGUUUGGUGGAAUACAUAUACACCACCAACUUGGUUAUUAGGAAGUAAAUCUAAUGAAGAUAUCAUAGAUUUAAUGGGUACAAACAAUCCAGAUUUUAGUAGUAUAACCUCAAAUAAACCAAUUUAUUUGAUUACACCCAUUGCAUCAUAUCAAAAAUUAAACAAAACAUUUCCAUGCAUUUGGAAUUAUACAUAUCAUAUAGAUUUUGAUCAUUUAUCAACAGUCCUUGGUUUAGGUAUAUAUGAAAUUAUAUAA